CCCUUAGUCUACCAUUACAGUAGCCACACUUCUUGUCUGAAAAGAGCAUAGACAACAGAUUCUCAACAGCAGGAUGUGGGUGUUCAAGUUUUUGCUGCUACCCGUGGUGAGCUUUGCUCUAUCCCCGGAGGAAACGCUGGACACGCAGUGGGAGCUGUGGAAGAAGACCCACGGGAAGCAGUACAACAGCAAGGUGGAUGAAAUCUCUCGGCGUUUAAUUUGGGAAAAAAACCUGAAGAAAAUUUCUGUCCAUAAUCUUGAGGCCUCUCUUGGUGCCCAUACGUAUGAGCUGGCCAUGAAUCACCUGGGAGACAUGACCAGCGAAGAAGUGGUUCAGAAGAUGACUGGACUCAGAGUGCCACCUUCGCGUUCCUUCAGUAAUGACACUCUCUAUACCCCAGAGUGGGAAGGCAGAGUCCCAGACUCCAUCGACUAUCGAAAGAAAGGCUAUGUUACUCCAGUCAAAAACCAGGGCCAGUGUGGUUCCUGUUGGGCUUUCAGCUCUGCGGGUGCCCUGGAGGGCCAACUCAAGAAGAAAACUGGCAAACUCUUAGCUCUGAGUCCCCAGAAUCUUGUGGACUGUGUGUCUGAGAACUAUGGCUGUGGAGGCGGCUAUAUGACCACUGCCUUCCAAUAUGUGCAGCAGAAUGGAGGCAUUGACUCUGAAGACGCUUACCCGUAUGUGGGGCAGGAUGAAAGUUGUAUGUAUAACGCCACGGCAAAGGCAGCUAAGUGCAGAGGGUACAGAGAGAUCCCUGUGGGGAACGAGAAAGCCCUGAAGAGAGCAGUGGCUCGGGUAGGACCCGUCUCUGUGUCCAUCGAUGCAAGCUUGACAUCUUUCCAAUUUUACAGCAGAGGUGUGUACUAUGACGAAAACUGCGACCGUGAUAAUGUGAACCAUGCCGUGUUGGUGGUGGGCUAUGGCACCCAGAAGGGAAAUAAGUACUGGAUAAUUAAAAACAGCUGGGGAGAAAGCUGGGGAAACAAAGGCUAUGUUCUCUUGGCUCGGAAUAAGAACAAUGCCUGUGGCAUUACCAACCUGGCCAGCUUCCCCAAGAUGUGAUUCAAGCCAGCCAGCCCAUCUGUUCUCACAUUCCUUCCUCAACAGUGCAAGCGAACGGUGGCUUUGGAGUGACACCUCUGCUUCCCUUCUCUCCACCCAAGGCCCUUUUCUUUGUGGACACAACUGGGCAUUUUCUGAGAGUUGUGGCCUCUGUGCUGAUAGACGCUGGAGUCCUCCAGCAGGCUGGAGGACUAAGGUGACCUUCCCAAGCCCCUGUCUUCUAUAUACACCAGUGCAGAUUUCAGUCUUCCACUGAGAUGCACAAAUCUAUUCAUGAUUCUUUGACAAACUUACAUGAUGUAAAAAAUGUUUCCUUCUUUGCAUUUGAAAUAAAGUAUCUCGUUUACAAUUUGA